CGAAAACUCACGAGGGUGACCUGUCACAAACGAGUAUGGCUGCCGCGAAGUUAGACCCAGAGAUUUUGGAAAUAAUAUUUUCAUAUUUAAGUAUAUCUGAUCUUAGGAAUUGUUCAUUAGUUUGUAAAGAUUGGUACAAGUUUUUAAAUGACGAAAAUAAUGAUGUGUGGAGAUUUCACUGUGUGAGGAAACUGGCUGAGGAGGCUUUAAAAUCUGACUUGUUAAAAAAUGUUCCUACAUACAAAGCGAAAUUACGCGCAUUUUAUCAUGCAUGGAAUCCAAAUGAUUGUUCAAAGAACAUGUACGUUAAAUCCAAAGGGUUUUCGGUGCAUCGGAACCCUAUCGCUCAAAGUACAGACGGUGCACGGGGUAAAAUUGGUUUCCGGUCAGGCCGCCACUGUUGGGAGGUGUGGUGGGAGGGACCUUUAGGGACUGUUGCUAUGAUUGGACUGGCUACCAAAUAUGCUCCUAUGCAGUGUCAUGGAUAUGUAGGAUUACUAGGUGCAAAUGACCAAACUUGGGGUUGGAACCUAGUGGAUAACUAUCUUCUACACAAUGGAGACAGUCAAGGAAAUUAUCCAACAGUGAACAAUGCACCUAAAUAUCAGGUGGGGGAGAGGAUUCGAGUGAUACUUGACUGUGAAGACAAUACAUUAGCAUUUGAAAAAAACUAUGAAUUUUUAGGUGUGGCUUUCCGUGGGUUACCAGACACGCCCCUGUAUCCUUCCGUGUCAGCAGUGUAUGGCAAUACAGAGAUCUCAAUGGUAUACUUAGGACCGCCCCUCGACGGAUGACAUCAGUUUCACAGACUAGCACAAUCCACUAAUAAGAAUCAAUAUAACAGAUCUUGUGCUCCACAAUGGAGAUGCGAGUCUCUGUUUAGGGAGACUGCCUUUUCCCUCCAUGUGAGUGGGACUGGAAAUUUCCAUUAAGUUUGAGUAAAAUCCAGUGAGAAUCAUGUGUUACCGAGAUUUUUUAUGUUACUUUUGCUGGACCAAAAGUAGGAAAAUAUAUCCAUUCUAUGUGUCUCUCAUUACUGCUGCUAUACAAGAUUACAGAGUAUUUGUAGGUCAACAAGAGCAGACAUACCAUCUGUGUGUGUGUGUAUGUAGAUUUAUAAAUAGUGUUUGUGUUUUCAGUCUUGGACUGAGAUUUUUAUGAGAUGUCUGAGAUUUGAGAUUUUAAAUGACAUGCUUGUGUGCUGUGUUGUAGCAGUAUAAACCAUGUUUAUUAUUAUUAUUCUUAUUACA